AUGGACGUGACGAGCACGGCUCUGCUGACGGGGGCGGCGUGCUGCCUGGGCGCCGUGGCGCUGCUGGUGAAGGCGAAGAGCAGCACCCGAGCACAGGAACAGAAGAUCCAGAGAGCCCGCAGCAAGAGGGAGGAGGGCUUCAAACAAGCCGCGGAGAGGGUGCAUCAGUUUAAGGGAGAGCAUCCAACAACUGAAAUGGCUUCCAUCUUGGCGAUGCCCUUGUCGGAACUUCAAGAGAAACUGCAGCAGGGCUCGGUCAGCCCUGAGGAAGUGUUUUUCUCCUAUAUGGAUAAGGCUUUAGCUUUGCAAUCAAAACUGAACUGCUGCACGGAGGUUUUGCUGGAGAGUUUUGACCAGGUGAAAACCAUGGGAUCCAACAAAGAGGGUCUCCUAUAUGGAGUGCCAGUUAGCAUUAAAGACAAUGUUGGACACAAGAAUUAUGACAACACAUGCGGACUCGUCAUGAAUUUGGAAAAACCUGAAGCAAAAGACAGUGUCCUUGUUGAAGUCUUGAAGAAGCAAGGAGCAAUCCCUUUUGUGAAAACCAAUGUACCCCAAGCCUUGCUGAGUAUGGAUUGCAGUAAUCCCAUCUUUGGAGAGACAGCCCACCCCUCUCAUGCCCUCAAGAGCCCUGGAGGUUCAUCUGGUGGGGAGGGGGCUCUCAUUGGUGCAGGAGGCUCGUUGCUUGGUGUGGGCACUGAUAUCGGGGGCAGUGUUCGAAUUCCUGCCGCAUUCUGCGGAAUUUGUGGCUUGAAGCCAACAAUGGGCCGGCUGAGUGUGCAGGGUGUCACUGCCAUUUUACCUGGACAAAAGUCAGUGAAGUCCACUGUUGGACCUAUGGCAAAGGACGUGGACAGUCUGGCUCGAAUAAUGGAGGCCCUUCUCUGUGAUCACAUGUUUUUCUUGGACCCCACCAUUCCACCAUUACCCUUCAACAUGCAGAUCUACCAGAGCUCUGCUCCUCUGAGGAUCGGCUACGUGAUCGACGAUGACCACACUCAACCGCCUCCAAGCACGGCCCGUGCCAUCAGAGAGGUUAAAGCUUUGUUGGAGAAAGCAGGACAUGUUUUGGUGCCGUACCGCCCCCUGCAUAUGGAGCGUGUUAUGUCUGAGUUGACCAAGGGUACAAUGGCAGAUGGAGGUGCUACUCUUAUCAAUCAAAUGAAAGGAGGACCUGUGGCCGAAAUUUAUUCAAGGCAGUAUUUCAUUCUGAGGCUUCCUAAGUGGUUGAGGAAAAUCUUGGCUCUUGUCCUCAAGCCUGGGAACCUCCGUUACUCUGACAAGAUCAAAUCAGCCUGUGGAGUAGGAUCUGUUGACAAUCUGUGGAAGAACCACGUCUUUUUUGAGGAAUACACUGCUGAGACAGUGGCGUAUUGGAGGAAACUCAACAUAGAUGUGCUGCUGUGCCCUUCACCUGGACCGGCGCUCCAACGGAAUGAAAGUAGCAAGAUUCUGCAUUCUCUCAGUUGGACAAUGAUUUACAACGGACUCAACUUUCCUGCUGGCGUUGUUCCUGUUUCCACUGUAACAGCAGAGGAUGAGAAGGAGCUGGACAUGUACAAGGGCUUUUACCAAGAUGCCAUGGACAAAUGCUUCAAAAAGGCAGUGAGCGGAGGAGAGGGUCUCCCAGUGGCGGUGCAGUGUGUCGCCCUGCCGUGGCAAGAUGAGCUCUGCCUUCGCUUCAUGAGAGAAGUGGAGAAACUGGUUAAAGAGAGCACAAACUAGAGCCACGUUACCUUCUGGAGCCA